CUUUGGUUUCGCGUCGUGGGUACUGCGGUGUUCGUUCGAUCUGCCAUGAAGAACGUGGUGUUGCUGACAUUGGCAGUCCUGGCGUCCGCCGAGUGUGAAGAGGCGUCCUUGGUACAAAGACCUCGCCUCCACAGGGUGCGGAAUCACUCCAUGCCACGGUCCUCUGUCCUGUUCACUAAGGAACAGGCACAUCGAGCGAUGGAAAAGCACAAAAAGGUGUUGACAAGAAGCGGCAAGAAGUCGGGCCCACUACCGGCCUGCUCUGUGGAUCUGCGCGCAUCUCUCCCCGCAUGUAUGCAAUACAAUCCAGACUGGUGCUGGGCAACUGUCACGGCACAACUGGCUGGCUACUUCGACCCAACUCACAACCCCGAAUCUGGUGACUAUGAGAAUCUGGGCACCGGCUCCGUGAAUCGCGAGAUGCAACGCGCUGAAAGUUGCCUCGGCGAGGAAUGUCGUGUCGCGGGUUCGCAAUUCGCACCCAGCAUCAUGGAUGCCUGUUGUUCAGAGGAUGUGGAGCCCAAACGUAGCAGCUACCUCUGCGACACAGGAGCGGAGGUGCAGACCAUCGAAAAAGCCAUUGACUGGGCCACAAGCCAAUCUUAUGUGGCCCAUGAAGGUGCACUCACUGAAGAGCAGCUGGUGCAUGUUCUCAACAAGGGGCAUCCUGUGCCCUAUGCCGUGUUGUGGGUCGACAAAGAUUCGGGCAUGUACAUGGGAGGCCAUAUCAUGAUUCUGGGCGGCUGCACUGGAGAUGGCAGGUACUACUUGCAUGACAGCCUCUCCAACCUCACACGCACUAAGACCUGGCAGGCCUUGACGCAUGCAGAGUUGAUGGAAUACAGCCCAUGGGCCAUGGUCGAUUCAUGGCCUACAGUGGAACAGCUUGGCGGCAAGGAAACCGUCCAUGCCAGCAAUGAGGAAUUGAAGAAAUGGUUCAGGGAGAAUGGCAAUCAUGGAAAGUGGUUUUACAGUUUCAUCCUUAGCAA